UCAAAAUGAAGAUGUGUAUCGGAGAUGACAAUUUGCGUCAGCAGAUAGAAAGAAUGGAUAAACUGUCGGAGAUCAAGAGGAAAAUAAGAGCCUAUCAAUAUCUCGAGAACCUUCGCAAUGAAGUCCUUGCUGACAGCCUUUUCAGAACAGAGGAAAAGGUGGAGAGACAACAAGAGCAGCCGGUGACAAACGCAAGCCGACGGACAAUUAUCUUUGCGAAAAUUGAAGCAGAGAUACUGAAAAAAAUUCUUACAAGCAACAGAAAUGCCGUAUUGGUUGUUAAAUGGAUGACAAUUAUCAAAGAGCACCAUCAGAAAAUGGACAGUGUCCAUACAGAGCUGUUGAAAAAAGUAAAGGAAAGAGAAGACAAUACAAUUGCAGAUUCCUUAAAAAAACUCGAGAACCUUAACCAAAACAAAUGGAACGCCACAUUAGAUGCCUGGGACAAGGUGAAGAGAAAUCAGAUUCUAUUCUCCAUUCUUGUGGACCAAGUGAGAAAAAUAAGGACAAGGAGAUGCCCACAAAUGGCGGGUAAAAUGAUGAAAAAACUUCAAGACCGCCAUUUAGUUCUUGAAAAGCUUCAGGAAGAACUGAUGAAAAGGGUAAAUGAAAGAGAAAAUAUUCGUCAAGCAAAGAAAACCAUUGAGGAAGAGUUGUUGAUGGAAAUAAACAGGAAAGAGGAAAUGACAAAAAGACGAAAAAUGCUCCAUAUGGAAUUGAUGAGCUACCACUUUGAGAGAACUAUCGAAGAAGAUACGCUCUUUAUUCCUCGGAAGUUAUUCCUGACCGGUGUAGACACAUUCAAGACAGUCCCAAAGCUCGAUGACGCACUUAGAGAUGUGAAUGAGGGAAAAGAUGGGCCGUCAGCCAGUCUCUCCUACGAAGACCAACCCCAGCCACUGCCCCAGCCGAAGAAAGGGGCAAAGGCAAAACUCACAUUGAAGAGCCGUAUCAAGAGAAUUUUCGGGUUCCGUUAACUAAACGAAAACCCUGUCCUCGCAUGAAUGAAGAAAGCAUUCCUGAAGUUUCCAAAUUCCAUUUACAUUGUAUUA